AUGAAUUCUUUUUGCAGAGAAAAGUUUAUGUUGAGAACUUCAUAUUGGGAAUCAAACGUUACCGUUUCUGGCACUCAAUUAACACAACCAACACAGCCUACGCAACAAACAAUCUAUAGUAAAGCCUAUAACAAGGAUGCUACUAGAAUUCCACCAUUGUUAUUAGCCAGCAUUUUGAUUGUUAUCGUUGCUAUUAUUUUCAAAUUUGUGUUUCAUUACGAACCAAUAUUUGAAUUGUUUUUUCCACCUUUUGAUUGGCCUAUAUUUAGAGACCUUACAAACACCACCGGUUUAAUUUCUGGACAACUCGCUGAACUUAAUAUCCCAGCAUCUUCCGUGAUCAUAAACUAUCGAGUCACAAGCCAAUAUCUUGCUGAUGUUAUAGACCGAAAUGAUUUGUCACCUAAUAAUUCUGAUGAAAUUGCUCAAUACCUUAAUCAACUUGGAGAUAAGAUAGGCAACUCAGGCAAAACUAUUGAAAAAAUGUAUCCUGUUGGUAAUAUGGUUCUUAGGGAGAUUGUCAUGGAACUAAAAUUUAUCAUCGACAAUAUUAGAUCAGGCCAAAUUCUUUCACAGCAGAAUGUAACAUACCUGGCAGAUCGUUAUGGAAAGAUUUUAAGUACUGUCACUAAAUUACGAGAUAAGUUUCAAAAAAUUACAGAUGAGCUUGAUGAUCUUUAUAUUUUAUAUAAUGGAACACAUCAUCAACUUGCGAAUGGAAUAGAUGAUGUAGAACUUUUUUUUGAAGAGAUAACUCCAGAGUUGGGAGAGUAUUAUGAUAUGGAACAACUGAAACGAGAUCUCGGUUAUUUAAAACAGAUAAUGGAAAAGGUUCCUGAUAUUCGGCGUCAAAUUCACCGUCUUCUAUCUGAGUUUAAUAAUCACCGACAGAUAUUGAUUCGGUGUCAUGGUGAAUGGUCUAGUUUGCGGAGACGAAAAUUAGUUUCUUCUGAAGAUACUGAAAGUUUAGAAGAAGUGAUUACAAAGUUAAAUCGUAUGGCUGAAACCUUUAUGGAGAAAGAUCAAGAGAAUUAUGAAAUAAGAAUAUAUGUAUAA